UUUCAGUUACAAAAAUUUUGCUUGAAGAGAAAGAGGGGCAAGUCCGCUCCGGUGGGUGACGUUAAUUCUUUCUGGAUUCAGCGAAUAAAAUGGAGAAGUCGGGAAUCACAGAGAAUGAAGCAGAUGAAUCAGAUUCCUUAUCUGAUGAGCCCAACUAUCGCAAACCGCUGCGUAGAAGAAGUGCAACUGUGUCACCAGCAGCAGGAACUCGUUUCAGGCAUCACUCUAAGAGCAGGCGACGCUCAGAAAUGAAUUUGAUGGCGCAGAAACAGGCUUCGUUGCUAAGACGACCUGACGGAUCGCACGUAUCGCCAAGAUAUGAACACAAAGACAGUUUACGGAAAACAAACAGUAUGCCAAGCUUUGAACAAACACAACAAGCACAUGUGGAUGCAAUCCGCCAGUUGUUGGACUUAUUCCCUAUUUCUCCUUGUAACCAAAGUUCAAGUGCUCAUGAGGUUUGGCAAACUCAUCGACAGAAAUUAGUACCAAAAAUGGAAGAAUCAGAAUCCGAAGAUGACAUCAUCAAUACAGACAUCGAAGAGUUGCGUGAUGCAGCCCAAAGUAUCCAGUCGUUACAACGUGUCUUGAAAGUCCCAUCAGAAUCAACGAAUAUAAAUGGCAUCUUUUUAUACUAA